AGGAGAAUGGCCGGAGAAAAUCACUCUACAGUGACAGAGUUCAUUCUUGGGGGUUUAACAAAUUGGCCAGAGCUCCAGCUCCCCCUCUUCCUUGGGAUCUACUUGGUUACCAUGAUAGGGAACCUGGGUGUGAUAACACUGAUUUGCCUGAAUCCUCAGCUUCACACCCCCAUGUACUAUUUCCUCAGCAACCUGUCUCUUGUGGAUCUCUGCUACUCCUCCAUCAUUACCCCUAAGAUGCUGGUGAACUUUGUGACAGAGAAGAACGUCAUCUCCUAUUCAGGGUGCAUGUCCCAGCUCUACUUCUUCGUUGCGUUUGUCAUUGCUGAGUGUUACACGGUGACAGUGAUGGCCUAUGACCGCUGUGUCGCCAUCUGCAGACCUUUGCUUUACAACAUCAUCAUGACUUAUCAAGUCUGCUUCCUGCUGGUGGCUGGGGUCUCUGCCAUGGGGCUCAUGGGCUCAACCAUAGAGACUGGCCUCAUGUUGAAACUGCCCUACUGUGAGCUCCUCAUCAUUCAUUGCUUCUGUGACAUUAUCGCCCUCAUGAAGCUCUCCUGUUCUAGCACCUAUCAUAUUGAGAUGACAGUCUUCUUUUUGGCUGGAUUCAACAUUGUACUUAACGGACUAACAAUCUUUGUUUCCUAUACCUUCAUCCUAUCCAGCAUCCUCCACGUCAGCACCACAGGGGGAAGGUCCAAAGCCGUCAGCACCUGCAGCUCCCACCUUGCCGCAGUGGGGAAGUUCAAUGGAACGACCGCAUUCAUGUACUUGAAACGCUCCACAGCCAGUUCCCCGGCCCAGGGGAAAGUGGCCUCCAUGUUCUACACCACAGUGAUCCCAUGCUGAACCCCCUAAUCUGCAGCUUGA